GCUAUUACGCUUAUGGUUAAUUUUCCAGAUAUUGGACUGUUGUAAACUUUUAGCAAUCAACCGUAAAGAAAAUGAAUCUUAGGAGCACUUCUCUGCUUGUGGAUCUCGUAAGAAACAAAGAAGUUGCAAAUUUAGUUAACAGGUGUCCAGCUUGCUUUGCUUUUCAGAAACUUAAACAAAAAGGAUUUAUCAAGCACAAGAAAAACGAUUUAAGAAAAUUGUCCAUAGAAUCACAUGGAAUAUUAAAAUCUUUCUAUAAUGAUCAUAGUCAAAAGGAUAUCCUUCAAAGUAAGGUUUACGCUAGGUCACUCCUCUUUACUGACUUUAAAAUUGUAGAAACUCUAAAUUGGUUUUGUGUCGCAAAAAAGAAUUUCGGACCAGCUUAUCCGAAGGUUCCGCACCAGAGCCAAAAACAAGACAACGAAUCUGAUAAAGAGCAGCCAAAUGAUAAAAUGCCCAUGGGUUCAAGAUUGAUGAUGAUCUUUUGGUUAGGCACAAUUUUCUAUAUACUCUACAAACUGCAGUCAUCAGAAGACACUAAUUUGUUCAAGUUUGUCUCUUGGAAUGAAUUUGUUCGCGAAAUGUUAACAAAAGGAGAGGUUGAUGAAAUUAUUGUUCGACCUGAGGUUGAAAUUGCCUUCAUUAAACUACAUCCAAAUGCUGUAGUGAAGGGGCGGCCAGUUGAUCAGAAUUUAUUUGCCAUGAAAAUUGCUGAUCCAGAUAAAUUUGAAACAAAACUACGUAAAAUUGAAGCUGAGCUGGGUAUUAAAAAUGGGGUUUCUGUGUCCUACCAAAGGGAUAGCUCCUGGACUCCUUUAAUAUUUGCGGUUAUAGUUGGAGCUGCAGUGUACUUAUUGAUUAAAAAUUUGGUCAAGGUUCAAUUCACUAUUAAAUCAGACUUUUUUGCUAGUGAAAGAAAAGCAAAAUUUGUCAGAGUCGAUCUCUUUACACAACAAGGGAAGGGAAUAUCGUUUAAAGAUGUUGCUGGUCUAUCAGAGGCUAAACUUGAAAUAAUGGAAUUUGUAGAGUAUUUAAAAAAUCCAUCAAGGCAAGAAUUAGGUGCAAAAAUUCCUCGAGGGGCUCUAUUACUGGGUCCCCCUGGUUGUGGCAAAACUUUAUUAGCGAAAGCUUUGGCUUCUGAAGCAAAAGUGCCUUUUCUUGCUAUGGCAGGAUCUGAAUUUGUCGAAAUGAUUGGAGGUUUGGGAGCGUCCAGGGUGCGAGACCUAUUUAAAGAAGCUAGACAAAAAGCUCCAUGUAUCAUAUACAUAGAUGAAAUAGAUGCGAUUGGUCGAAAAAGAAGUGGUAGUAAUUGGUCUCAUAGUGCUGAAGGGGAGCACACAUUGAAUCAGAUGCUCGUUGAAAUGGAUGGAAUGGCCACUCAAGAUGGUGUUAUUGUUUUGGCAUCAACAAAUAGGGCUGAAGUUUUAGAUCAAGCUCUGUUGAGGCCUGGUAGAUUCGAUCGUCAUAUUAAUAUUGAAUUACCUACCUUAAUUGAGCGAAAAGAAACUUUUCAGAUGUAUCUCAGAAAAUUGCGGUUAGAAAAAGAUGUUGAUAAUUAUUCUCAGAAAUUAGCAGCUUUUUCACCUGGUAUGAGUGGAGCGGAUAUUGCUAAUAUUUGUAACGAAGCAGCUCUAUUUGCUGCCAGAAACAGUAAAACCGCAGUUGAUAUGGAGGAUUUUGAUUAUGCAAUUGAAAGGGUUAUUGCCGGUAUGCCGAAAAAAAGUGGUAUUUUGUCAGUGAAAGAGAAGAAGGUUGUUGCAUACCAUGAAGCUGGCCAUGCUUUGGUAGGAUGGCUACUAAAACAUACAGAUGCAUUGAUGAAAGUAACUAUUGUACCCCGAACUAAUCGAGCCCUAGGAUUCGCCCAGUAUUUGCCCAAAGACCAAAAACUGAUUUCAAGAGAAGAGAUUUUUGAGAAAAUGUGUAUGGCUAUGGGAGGUCGAGUCGCAGAGGCUUUAAUCUUCAACUCUGUAUCAUCUGGAGCCCAAGACGAUUUAAAAAAGAUUACAGAUAUGGUAUACACGCAAGUUCAACAACUGGGGAUGAGCGAUACAAUAGGUUUGGUUUCCUUUGACCCUCAGGCUGUUAAACCAUAUAGUCAAAGCUUACAGAAUUUGAUUGAUCAGGAAACAAGGAAAAUCGUCGCUGAAGUACAUUGUUCGACCGAGAAUAUUUUAAAACUAAAUAUUAAAAUGCUAAAAAUUGUAGCGGAUGCUUUAAUCCAAAGGGAAACUCUAACAUAUAAUGAUUUGGUUAACUUAAUUGGCCCACCCCCUUUUGGACAUAAAGCAACACUGCCUCAAGAAUAA